GCGGAAAAAGAAAGCGCAUAACAUAACAAAUUAAACACGCUCCAAGCUCUCUUUCCCUUUUCUCUUCCAAACAAACAGACUAUACAGAAUUCUCUCUCAGAUCCCAGAAAUUCUAAACCUAAAAGACACCUCGUGACCAAAAUCCCGCAAACAAGAAGAUAGGCACUUUCCCAAUUGACGGCCAAGAUUUCAUGGAUUCCAUGCUGUGCGUUUCGGGUUCGAGAUCGAUCCAGUCAGGGUUAACAAACACCAAUAAUUUCAAAGAGAGGCCAGUCAUAUUUGUAAACGCGGGAGGCGGGGGUAUAAAGAAAGAGGGGGAUAUCAAUCUUGAUAUUGAGAAAGAUUGCUGUUUUGAAGGUGGAGAUGUUAUAAGAACAGAUGAGACCAUAAUCAAUGGUGGUGAUAUACCUUCUGUUUAUCAAUCAGCAAGGUUUGGUACCAACUUGAGAUACACGUUCAAUGACAUGCCGGCUGGAGAGUAUUUGGUUGAUCUUCAUUUUGCAGAGAUAGUUUACACUAAUGGUCCUAAAGGAAUGAGAGUCUUUGAUGUCUUUAUUCAAGAAGAGAAGGUUAUAUCAGAGCUUGAUGUGUACUCUUUUGUUGGUGCCAACAAACCGUUGCAAGUGGUGGAUGUUAGGGUUUCUGUCGGGGAAGAUGGGGUGAUUUUUAUGAGGUUUGAUGGGGUUGUAGGGAGCCCAAUAGUUAGCGGGAUCUAUAUAAAGCAGGCGACUGAAUUGCGAAAAUCAUCGGUUAAACAGGAGCUUUUACAGUGUAACAAUUGCGCCGCUGAGGUAAAAGUUUCAUCUGAUCAGAAUAGAGUUAUGAGGACGAACUCUUUAGCAAGAUAUGAAAAGAAGAUAGAGGAAUUGAAGGCUCAAUGCCAACUCAAGACAGAUGAAUGCCACGAGGCCUGGAUGUCACUGACUGCGGCGAACGAGGAACUCGAGAAGAUUAGGAUGGAACUUGACAACAGGUUCUUCAGAAAUAUGCAAUUAGAUCAAGACAUGCAAAAGCAUAAAGCAGAAUUGAGAGAUGUUUCUAGACGAUAUGAGUGUGAUAAGAAACUGUGGGCUGCAGCCAUUGAUGAUUUUGAAAAGAAAAUAAAGAUGAUGAAGAUAGAGCACUCUCAACUCUUCCAUGAAGCUCAUGCGUGUGCCAAUACAAUUCCUGAAUUAAACAAGAUGAUAAUUGCAGUUCGAGACAUAGUUGCGCAACAUGAAGACCUCAAACUGAAGUUAAAUGAAGAGCAGGCAAAGAGUAAGAAGCUUUAUAACCAAGCGCUGGAGGCAAAGGGGAACAUAAGAGUGUUCUGUAGGUGCCGCCCGUUGACUAAGGAGGAGAUGUCAAUUGGCUGUCAAACAGUGGUAGAUUUUGGUGCUGCUAAGGAUGGUGAUCUUACAGUAAUUACAAAUGGCUCCACUAAGAAAAUUUUCAAAUUUGAUCGAGUCUACGCUCCCAAGGACGAUCAAGUUGAUGUCUUCGCGGAUGCUUCUGCUCUGGUGACCUCCGUGUUAGAUGGUUACAAUGUUUGCAUAUUUGCGUACGGGCAAACUGGAACCGGAAAGACUUUCACUAUGGAAGGUACCAAGCAAAACCGAGGAGUCAACUACCGAACUUUACAUCAAUUAUUUAAAAUUGCUGAGGAAAGGAAAGAAACUGUCACAUAUGACAUUUCUGUUAGCGUACUUGAAGUUUACAAUGAACAAAUCAGAGACUUGCUAGCCACCUCAACAACAACAACAAAGAGGUUGGAUAUAAAACAAGUAUCUGAUGGGGUCCAGCAUGUUCCGGGGAUAGUUGAAGCAAAGGUCGAGAAUAUUAAGCAGGUCUGGGAUGUUUUGCAGGCUGGAAGCAAUGCAAGGGCCGUGGGGUCAAACAAUGUGAAUGAACGUAGUAGCCGAUCUCAUUGCAUGCUUUGCACAAUGGUCAGAGCAAAGAACUUGGUAAAUGAUGAGUGCACUAUGAGCAAGCUAUGGCUUGUGGACUUGGCAGGCAGUGAGAGGCUGGCAAAAACAGAUGUUCAAGGGGAACGACUCAAGGAAGCUCAAAAUAUAAACAGAUCACUUUCAGCUCUUGGGGAUGUUAUUUCUUGUUUGGCAAAUAAGAGUAGUCAUAUUCCAUACAGAAACUCGAAGCUCACACAUUUACUCCAGGAUUCGUUGGGAGGUGAUUCGAAAACCCUUAUGUUAGUUCAAAUCAGCCCUUCUGAUCAUGACAUAGGAGAGACUCUAAGUUCUCUAAACUUUGCAACUCGGGUUCGAGGGGUUGAGUUGGGUCCUGCGAAGAAGCAGAUUGAUAUGGGAGAGCUUCAAAAGUUAAAAACAUUGCUUGACAAAGCAAAGCAAGAAUUGAGAUCUAAAGAUGAUGCCAUGCGCAAGCUAGAAGAGGGUUUUCAAAAUGUAGAGGGUAAGGCCAAAGUCAAGGAUCAGCUUUUCAAAAACCAACAGGAAAAGGUCAACGAACUAGAGAGUCAACUUGCAUCAAAGACAGAGUUAUGCAGGCAGCUAGAGAAGCAGCUGUUACAACUUUCAGAAGGAAAGAAGGAAAAGGAAGAAAUUUGCUCAGAUUUCCAGCAGAAGGUCAACGAGCUUGAGAAGAAGCUGAAAGAGCAGGAAGAAGCAGCGUCUAUGAAUCUUCAUUGCAAGGUCAAGGAGCUUGAAAACAGAAUGAAAGAGAGAACACAGGAGUUCGAGCUUCAUACAAAGAGGUUCCAACAAAAGUUGAAGGAAGCUGAAAACAAACUAUGGGAGAAAGAAAAUUCCGAAUCUCAGUCACUUCAACACAAGAUCAACGUUCUUGGAGAAGAGCUAAGACAACAUGAACAAGGAGAUUGUUUGCCAAGGCCACCCUCUGCUGAAAAGUCAGAAGCCACUCCAAUUUUGUCAAGAAUGGAAAACAUAUAUGACGUUGAUCCACUUGGUCAAAAAAGCUUAAACUCCACGAACCGAACAAUAAACCAAGAGCCUAGCUUACUCCAGGGAAAUACAUCCCUCCGUGAAUUGAGGAGGAAAGGAGACAUUAAGAGCAGAGGGACGGAGAAUAAUUUCUUGGUAUCAGCUUCUUCGCUCGAGAAGAAGAGAUUGCCAACUGAAUCAAGCAAGGCAAAGCAUCUUGACUCUUCUAGAGCAUCAGCAAAGAUUUCAAGUUCGAAAUCAAUUCGUGCUGCUCAGAAGACAACCUCCAAUACUGCAAACAGAAUCAACAAAGAUCAAGGUGCAGGAGCAAGGGAUAACAAAUUCAAAGUUUGGUUGAGGUGAAAGUUUUAUUGCCUUUCCAGCUAAUGUGAUUUGUAAAACUGCCAGUGAUGAUUCUUUUCAAGCCCUUUCUUAUAUGUUAGCAGAACAUAGAUUAGGUGAAGGUCGUUUGAAUGUACUUGCAAUUUCUCAUUUAGAGAAAUGAAAGUGAUUUAAUGAAAGCAUAUAUGUGAAAAGAAGUGUCUGGAUUUUUUUUACUAUUC